UAAACCCCAUGCAGCUUGGGUCCCAUUACACCACCCAUUGACAACAUGAAGACUCACCUUGCUCUAGUAGCCUUGGCUGUGUUCUGUGUAGCCGUGGAGGGACAACAACCUGGUAACCAGAAGCCAGAGAUCCACCCCCAACUCUCCAUGCAGACAUGCACACAGUCAGGAGGCUGUGUUACACAACAGAAGAGUGUAGUGCUGGAUGCCAACUGGCGAUGGCUACACACGGUCACUGGAUACACCAACUGCUACACUGGCACCACCUGGGACAAGAGCCUCUGUCCUGAUGGCAAGACAUGCGCUACCAACUGUGCCCUAGAUGGGGCAGAUUAUGAGGGAACCUACGGAGUACAUGCAAGUGGCAACUCUCUUAAACUAGACUUUCUUAUUAAGGGACAAUAUGCUAUCAAUGUGGGCUCUAGACUUUACCUAAUGGACUCAGAGAACGAGUACUACAUGUUCAAGCUUAAGAACAAAGAGUUCACCUUUGAUGUUGAUGUGUCCAACCUUCCUUGCGGCAUCAAUGGUGCACUAUACAUGAUUCAGAUGGACGGAGAUGGAGGCACAUCACGAUUCCCAGCUAACAAAGCCGGAGCAAAGUUUGGAACAGGUUAUUGUGAUGCACAAUGUCCCCACGAUAUCAAGUUCAUCAACGGAGAGGCCAACUGCGAGGAUUGGGACUCCACAAAUGCAGUGGGUAAAUAUGGUACCUGCUGUAGCGAGAUGGACAUCUGGGAGUCCAACAGCAUCUCCACAGCCUACACCACUCAUGUGUGCACAGUCCAGGGCCAGACAAGGUGUGAGGGGCAACAAUGUGGCGAUGGCAGUCAGAGACACGAUGGGGUGUGUGACAAGGACGGUUGUGACUUUAAUCCAUAUCGAAUGGGAGACAAGAGCUUCUUUGGUCCAGCACAAAACUUCAGCAUUGACUCAACGCAAGUGUUGACAGUGGUGACUCAGUUCAUAACUGCUGACGGCACAGAUACUGGUGACCUGAAGGAGAUUAAGAGGAUAUGGGUACAAAAUGGAAAGGUCAUUCAAACACGAAAUGUCAACGUCAUGAACAGCACCUUCAACUCCACUACUGACGAUUUCUGCAACAAACAGAAGGCAUCGUUUGGAGAUCCUAAUGAUUAUGAGAAGAGAGGUGGUAACAAGGCAAUGGGUGAUGCUAUGGACAAGGGGAUGGUACUAGCUCUGAGCCUAUGGGACGAUCAUGCUGCCUACAUGCUCUGGUUGGACUCUAACUACCCCACAGACAAAGACCCUAGUACACCUGGAGUGGCCAGAGGGAGCUGUCCCAUCUCAUCUGGACGACCUACUGAGGUAGAGAAGAAUCAUCCAGAUGCCAGUGUGACUUAUUCUAAUAUUAAGUUUGGAGAGCUGAACUCCACCUACAAGCCAAACUGACCACAUUAGCCUCCUAACAUUAGUGUUACUAUUAAAGGCUAGGUUAGGUAACAUUAGCUGGUGUGUAGAGUGUGUGUACUAUGGCUUCAGUGAGGAGAACAUUAUACAUUCUUUAUACCGUAUAGCGGGUAAUUUUCGUUAGUACAAAUUUUCUUAUGAACUACCAUUUCCUAUUUUAAA